CCCGCUCGGUCCCUACCCUCGUAAAGACCCUGGAUUGCUUCUUGGGGGCUUCUUCCUCACCAUUCACUCUGCUGCCUCCCUUGCCAGUAGGACACUCUCCGGAAAUGAAGUUGUUGAAGCUUUUUGGAAUUGUCAUUUUCUGUGGCCUGCUCUCGCCGUCCCGGGGAGUCUUGUCCGGUUUGUCCUGCGCCGUCAGCCCAGGGGCAAUGCAGAAAGUGCUCUCGGAUGCCGUAAUUCAGAAUGGGCUUCUCCAGAAGCACCUGCAAGGCCUCGUGCUCCCAAACAUCAUGGGUGAAGGGGGUCUGCUGAACUCUCCCACCAGCAUCACGGGACUGCACCUUGUCCGGGUUCAGCUCCCCAAGCUGUCAGUGGCGCUGCUGCCUGGGAUCGGGGUCCAGCUGGCCAUUGCUGCAAGGCUUGAUCUCAGCGGCAACUGCUUGGUUGGCCUUCUCUCAGAACUAAUUGAUAUCUCAGUGGAUGUGACCAUUACUGCAAACAUUAAAUGCACAAAUUUCGAAUUGGGCGCAGUCCAGGUCGUCAUCGAUGACUGCUUCUGCAUUCUUGGUGCUGUAAAGAUCAAGCUCCUUUCUGGAUUACUGUCCCUAUCAGUAAACGACAUAGUGCUUAACCAGCUGACAGCAACUCUGCCCGGUUUGCUGUGUCCGGUAAUCGAUAUUAUCGUCAACCUGGUGAACAUCCAGUUCUUGGGCACUCUCAACGCGGUGAUCCCGGUCGGCACAGUGGGAACGAUUCACUACCAGUUGGCCAGCCUCCCGUUUACAUCUGGCUUGUUCCUUGGGCUGGAUUUAGAUGGUGCGGUGCAGCAGGUGGGAGGCAGCAUCAUCCCCCACGACUCGUCCGCCUCCGCCUUGCCCCCGCUGCUGGACAGGCUGCUGGUCAUGGGACUGCGCCAGAGCUUUCUCAACGCCAUCCUGUCCCUCCUGAUCCAGGUCCAGCCGCAGACGUUCACCUGCUCGCCAGAAGCCUUCUCAGGUGCCAAGCAGCUGCAAGAAGCCAUCCUGACCCUCUUUCCCACUGGGUGCUCCAGCUGCUCCGUGACUGCUCCUCUGAGCAUCAGGAUAGAGUUGUUUGGGAAGCCGCUCAUCCUCUUGGAAAACAACAAAGCCACUGUCGAGCUUUCGGUGAUGAUCCAGAUGUUCGUUAAGCGCUUGGAUGGAUCCAUCCUCAACCUGCUCCUCCUGAAGGCAGACCUCAGGCUGAACGUCCACGUGUCGAUCUCUGGGAGCAGCCUGGUACUGGCCUUGUCCCUGGGCAGCACUUCCCUCUCCUUGGAGUCAUCUGACGUUGGCAUCAGUGAUAUCUCGAGCCUGAAGCCCCACUGCAGUCAGCUGCUGGCGGAAACGUUAUUGCCUCUUAUCAAUGGCUGUCUGGGCGUCGGGAUCCCUCUGCCGAACGUGUUGGGCAUUCCGCUGGUAAAAGUGGAUAUUCAGAUACUGGUGGGCCUGCUGGUGAUCCUUGUGUGAGCUGGGGAGGACAGGGCAUGGAGAGCUCUUUCUGACUGUAGCCUUGGGCAGAAAGAGGGAGAAGGACCUGCGAGGAUGAAGCUUUGAGACUGGCAUUAUCUUCUUUCCUUUUCUGAACGUGCUUCAAGAUUCUUGGUAACAUUUAAGGCACUUUACAUUUAACUGGCUUGUAUGAGUAUUAAGAUACUUACAUAAGCCAAAACCAGAUAGGCAGCUCUGUGUAAAAAUAUUUAUUUAGAGAAAUUAGCGUGAGUUAGAGUUCGCAGUUGUACCAAUUGCAUGUGAAGCUGCAGCUGAAUUGUUAAAUUCCUUGAAAAUUUGUUCUAUGCGAAAGUUUUUCUCAGUGUAAUGAAAAAGUGAAUUUGUUGCAUGUGGCUCUCUACUUAAAUGUCACCAUGCAUGUGCAGAAGUGGAUGAAGUGCUGAG